GUCUGAGGGACCAGCUGUGAUUGAGGGAGAAAAGCAGGACUAUAAGUUACAGACUUCCCACAGCCAGCGUCCCUUUCUAAAACCAGCCAGCGGUGAGUCUCCACAUCUGCUUUUCUCACUUGAUUCUCCGCUUUGUCUAAACUCAAAAUGAGCUUCAGAAGGUCCACCGUGCAGUCCCGGUCCGCACCCAAGUACAGUUCUGCCAGCAUUUAUGGCGGCGCUGGUGGAAUGGGUUCCCGCAUUUCCUCUGCCUCCGUCUCUUCUCUGCGCUCCGGUGCCCCGAUGACCUCCUCUUCCUCGGCCUACAAGCUGAGCAGUGGAAUGGGUGGUGGUAUGGGUUCAGGUUUUGGAGGGGCCGGUGCAUCCUUUUCGAGCGGUGGUGGUGGUGCUGGUGGCAGUAUUGGGAUCAUGGGCAACGAGAGGGGAGCCAUGCAGAACCUGAACGACCGCCUGGCCAACUACCUGGAGACGGUGAGGACCCUGGAGCAGGCCAACAAGGAGCUGGAGAUGAGGAUCAUGGAAGCUAUGGAAAAGGGAGGCCCCAACAUGAGAGACUACAGCAAGUAUCAACCCAUCAUAGACGACCUACGCCAGCAGAUCUUUGAUAAGAUUGGGGAAAACGCUCGUUUUGUGCUCCAGAUCGACAACGCCCGCCUUGCUGCUGACGACUUCAAAGUAAAGUUUGACAAUGAGAUGGCAAUCCGCCAGUCUGUGGAGGCCGACAUCGGCGGACUGAAGAAGCUCAUAGAUGACACCAACAUGACCAGGAUGAAUAUCGAGAGUGAGAUUGAAGCUGUCAGGGAAGAGCUUGCCUUCCUGAAGAAGAACCACGACGACGAGGUGACGGAGAUAAGGAAUCAGAUCUCCCAGUCGGGCGUUCAAGUGGACAUAGACGCCCCCAAAGGUCAGGACCUGGCCCUGGUCAUGGCGGAAGUGAGGGGCAACUACGAGAAGAUGGCCAUAAAGAACGCAGAAGAUCUCAAACGGUGGCAUGAAAAUCAGAUUGCAGAUGUGCAGGUGGAGGUGUCGCAGAACACAGAAGCCCUCCAGGGAGCCCAAAUGGAGAGGAGUGACUUAGCCAGACAGAUGCAGACCCUAGAAAUUGAACUUGCAUCCCAACAGAGCCUAAAAGCUUCCUUAGAAGAGACACUACGCAACACAGAUCAGCGAAACAACAUGGAAAUGGAGCGCUACAACGGCAUCAUUGUUCAUCUAGAGGAGGAGCUGACCAACUUGCGUGCAAACAUCCAGAAUCAGACCCAAGAGUAUGAGGCGCUGCUCAACAUGAAGAUGAAACUGGAGGCCGAGAUUGGCACUUACAAGAGUCUAAUGGAUGGUGGAGACUUCAAGUAAGAAUUAGGAGACCCAAGCAAGGUGUUGAUGGUAGUGGAGGCUCCAGGAUGCACUGGAUGAGCUGGCGGCCGCAAGCUAAUUUGGAGCAAAGAGUCUGGGACCAGCCCAACAAUGAAAGAGAAGAAUCCACAACUAUGCAUAACGGAAAAAAAGACAUGCUGGUCCAAUUAUCGAAAGCCAAUUUUGAACCAAGACCACAUUCUGUGUAAACCAGAAAGGAUUUAAGUAGAUCUCAAUAAAGGCCUUUUACCACCACAGCAAAACAGGCCCAGCUAUCUGAAAAGCUGCCCUGGCAUGACCUGCAAAACAAAAAUGAAUAAAACCACUCGUUGACUCAG